GAUAGAAAGUAGUAGUGAAGUUAAGGUGAUCGAUCUGAAAGGUAUGGGUAAGGCUGAAAUGUGUGUCCUUGAAGAAAGGGUAGAACUGAAAUCGAGUGCUGAGAAGUUCUUCAUGUUUCUGAAAAGCCAAAAUCAGCAAAUUCCAAGCAACGUACACACUGAAAAGCUGCAUGCUGUUGAGAUCCACGAAGGAGAAUGGAACACUCCAGGCUCUGUCAAGCUUUGGAAGUAUAAUAUAGAGGGGAAAGAGGAAAUAUUCAAGGAAAGGGUUAUAAUUGAUGAAGUGAACAAGAAAAUAACUUAUGUUGCUGUUGGAGGAAAUGCCUUGGAGUUAUACAAAAGCUACAAGGCCAUUGUGAAGGUUGAGAAAGGAAUAUUGAAACUGAGAAUAGAAUAUGAGAAGUUCAAUGAACACAUCCCUCCACCAAACAAAUACCAGCAAUUUAUCAUUAAUAUCGUCAAAGACAUUGAUGCUAAUUUAGUCAAAGGUUAAUGUCGAUUUACUUUCUAAUUCUGGAAUGUUGAUUUUAAAGUUAGUAGCAAUAUGCUAUUUUCAGCAUAUUUAUUUUAUCCUUCCAUGGAAUGUGUCAAGCUCUUAUUUACAAAAAAACAUGUGGUUUUAUCUAGGCUUAAAAAGUUAGUUUCUUUAAGCCAUUUAUCUUAUAAUAAUGUAUCAAAAGUGUGUAAUGUUGAUGUAUGAAUAAAUGGAGCUUUGGAUA